AUGAGUGGACACCCCGGCGAUCGGAUGGACGAAGAUCCCGAAGAUCCCAUUGCCGGUGUCGAGACAUUCGCGACACAGGAGCAGUCCAGCAAGGUGCUACACACCCGGCGAUCGGGCUCCUUUCCGCCAGCAUGGCUCCUGGGGAACUUUCGGGACCCGGCGGGAGAGAGAACGAGCAGAAGUGUAGGUGCGAAAGCAAGCGAUAAAUCCGAUGGUGCCAUCUGGCAGAGAUGGAAAUCCAAGAUGCGAAUGAGUGCAGAGGCAUUGGACGGCCUUGACAAACGUCCAGAUGUCAGCUCGGACUCUGUGCGGAGCCAAUCCUCCGACAGGUUAUCGGACGCCUCGUUGACCUUCAAGGAGGUCUCCUUCGAUGUGCGCCUUCGCAGUGGGGAGACGAAGCAGAUCUUGGCGCCCACAUCUGGCCACUAUGAGUCUGGGAACUUGGUGGCCAUCAUGGGCCCCUCUGGCUGUGGAAAGUCUACCCUUCUGGACAUUCUGGCCGCCAAGAAGUCGGGCGGCUAUUCCGGCACGAUCCACUUUAACGGCCGCCCCCGAGACCACCUGUUUCAGCGCGUAUCUGCAUACGUGCCGCAAGAGGAGGCGAUGCCGAAGUGUUUGACUGUCAUGGAGGCCAUGGAGUUCAACAGCAACCUCAAGAUUGAAAGGCCGAGCCGCAUGACUUGGAAGAUGCAGCGGAUGUGGCUGGAGCGGCGCCUUGCGGUUCUUGGACUGGAGAAGGUGAAGGACCAUUACAUCGGCGACGGCACCUCGUUGCGGGGGAUCUCUGGUGGUCAGAAGAGGCGACUCUCCCUCGCCAAGCGUCUGGCCAGUGGUGCGCGUGUGUUUUUCUGCGACGAGCCCACUUCUGGACUCUCAGCCACUGAUGCUGAAGCAGCCGUCAGGUACAUGAAGCAUAUGUGCGGGUAUUACAACAUUCUCGUGUUCGUAGUGAUACAUCAACCCAGAAUCGAGGUGGCCAAAUUGUUUGAUGAGCUGUUGCUCAUGACAUCGGGUCCUGGACGUGCCGUUUACAACGGCAGAAUGGAGGAUGUCAUUGGCUAUCUGCACAACGUGGGCUUCGAGGUUCCGGUGCAUGCCAACCCGCUGGACUUCUUCAUGGACCUGGUUACGCCCGAACGAUCCGAUGCCCGAGUAGACACAUUUGUGCAGCACUACCGCCAGAAUGCAGAGCACCAGGUCGCCUCGCGCGUAGAGGCUGGGCUUCAGGUGGAGCUUCCCGGAGCCUUCCAGCUGCUCGAGGAGGUGCACCAUCAGGCUCAGAAGUGGGGCAGCAUGAACCCACUGCGGAACAGUGUCUACGCCAGACGUUUUCGCUCCCAGCUGUGGCUGGUGUUCAAACGUCAGUUGAUCCUCCGUUCGCGGGACAAGCGGGGCUUCCUGGCCGACCUGCUUGGUGGCUUGGCAAAGGCUGUCGUGGUCGGCGUUGUCUACAUGAGAACGGGCGAGCUGGGCGCUGCCCAGCAGACGGCAUUCUUCUUCAUGCUUUGCAUGACUUGCGCUAUCGAUGGCCUUAAGAGCAUGCCCGCCAUUAUUGGCGAGCGCAGCAUCGUGAAGAUGGAGGCUUCGGAGGUACUUUACAGCGAGUGGGCAUACAUUCUCUCCUUCGGUGUGUUGAACACCCUUCAGAUGCUGCUGGUCCACAGCAUUUUCAUCACUGUCCUGUUUGCAAUGAGUGGCCUGAGAUGGCAAAUGUACGGUGAUGUUUAUCUUUGGUCAACGCUGCUAGCUGCCACCAUGAAUGCGCUCUAUCUUAUGGUGGCAGCGAUUGCCAAAGAUGCCACCACUGCCAUCGUUUUCUCUUCUCCUUUUAUGAUGCUGUUCUUGCUGUUCAACGGCUUCACUGCAACUAGAUCAUCUGUCGUCCCGUGGAUGCGAUGGGCCAUCGAUAUCUCUCCGGUGGCCUACAGCAUCCAACAAAUGGUGUAUGCUGCGAAGCACACAUAUGCGGACGAAGAAAACCUCGUACAAGGCUACGAGAAUGUGAUCCAGCUGUCUGAGUACAAGGACCAGCCUUACACUGCAAUCGCCGUGGUGGCGAUCUGCUUUGGCAUUUUCAAGUCAGUGCAGCUGACAUCGUUUCGACUUCUCAACAACAUUCAGAGGUGA